AUGUGACGUAUCGUGUCGAUAGGUUUAUCUGCCUACAAUACCAAUAGUGUUACGAUAAUAAAUAGAUCGUAUAUUUUAUUCGAUAUAAUUUUCUCUUCUCUUUCUCACUCGAGAGUGAUCUAUCGAUACCUAACGUCAACAUCACAUCACUAAAGCCAACGUCAAACAUCAUUUUAUUAUGAUCGCCUGUAAUGGCCGACGAUUGCGAGUGUGCGUCCAAUAAAUAUGGCUAACGGGUGGACAAAUGAAGAAACAUUCAAGUUUAUAGAACUUUACCAAUCUUCUCCUGAAAUUUGGAAUCCUAAACAGAAACAUCACAAAGAUAAAGUUAAGGUCAACAAUGCAUGGAAACGUAUGUCCGAAGAGAUGAAAGUGACAGUGACGGAAUUAAAGAGGAAAAAGGAGACUCUUCUGGCGGCCUACCGUCUAAAUCACCGGAAGGUACUCGCAUCUUACCAGGCUGGAGACGACGAGGUGUUCAAACCGCCGUGGAUUUAUUACGACGCCUUGGCAGCAUUUAUGAAUAAUGUAUACGAAUGCAAGUCUACUUUGAUGUCAAAGGAAGACUUCUGUGUAUUGAAGGAGGACAGUUCUGAUACGAAAGACGACACAGACGAUCCAUUAGACACAAAGUCUCAACAGCUACAAGAGUCGAAAAUAUCGUCACAAGUGUCCAUACCGACACACAAGCGACUCGGAGUCCCACAAAAGAGGGAAGACGACGAUUGUGACCUGUACGGCAGACUACUAGCAAAAAUGCUAAGGGAAUUUAGUGAGAUUGACCGGUUAGAACUUAGACAUGAGAUAGACGGAUUGAUUAUCAAGAAGAAACGUUUGUUAAGUAACCCUAGUGAAGCAGAUUCUCAAUAUGUAACCGAUGAGCCGACACAUAGCAUUUAUUCCGAGCUGUCAACUGAUGAUUUUCCAACAUCUCCUUAUAUCCAUGAAAGCCGUGCUGUGUAUAAGCCUUCAUCAUCAAAAAGGGCUUCUCCCGCGCUCAGAGAAUCGAGUCUUAACAAAUAACCAGCGUGUGCACGCGGCUUCGCCUGCGUUUAUUACGUGCGUCUACUAGUAACUUAUUGCUAACAAUAUCUCCAGUUCUAAGCAACGUAUCGCGAUGUAACCUAUACAAGAUUUUAAGUGCGAUCAUAUGCUAUAUACAAUGUCAAAACCGCAUCAAAUUCCAUCCGGCAGUUUUUGCGUGAUGUGCGAACAUACAGACAGAAACUGGCUUCAGACCUUUUAAUAUCACCUAUGUACAGACAUAGCCCACAUAUUUUUAUUAUAUGUAUCAUUCGCGGCUGUGAUGCCGCCGUUAGAUUAAAUGUUUUACAUUCAAUUUGUAUGAAUAAAUCAAUGGACAACACUCAACAGCCCACAUUUAGCACUAAACGCGUAUGGCGUGUCCGAUGGAUGAUAUUUGCACGCACUGGGAAUCGAACCCAGGACCUCCAUAUGUGUCGCCCCUGCCUUAGUAAUUUACAGAUUGUAUAAUCGCGACGAAAUAUAAAUCGAACAGUCAUAAACGCGUACCGUGCUUGUGUGAGUUGAGACGCCGGGGUUGGCGCCAUAAUCGCAGUGCAAUCGGGAAAGUAUGAAGCGGCUCGCGCGCCUACUCUCUUUCCUGUAAUUGAGGGACCGUUUUAAAUGACAGGGAGGACAGGGAGUGGCCGUACUUUAGUACUGUAUUUUUUUUAUUAUUCUGUUGUAACAAUUGUAAUUAAGUUUUAUGUGUCGAAUAUAGAUAUUUUUACAAA